AUGAACAGGGAGGUCUCCGGCCAGGAGCCAAGCUCCCCAGAGCUGGAUUUAGAGGAAAUAACCAGGAAAAUUUUGUUUCUGGACAAAUGGAGAGGCAUCUUUAGUUAUCACAGGUUGGGAACCAAUAACACAACUUCUCAGCAGCAUGAAGGUGACCGUGUAUCUGCGGAUGGAGCUGAAAACGGCUCAGGACCACUGCAGCCCAAAAGACAAGCAUGUUGGCCAUCCAGGAGCCUUCGUUCUGUUCCCAAGCCCUCUGUCACCUCUCCAAAAUGGAGCGGCCCACCUGUCUCCCUCGCGAUGGCCACGAAGCUGCAGCAGAGCCUCUUCGGCAAUACGGCCCAUGUGUUCAGCGGGGACUGGAGAAAGGCCCGCUUCAACUUCCGGGAUCCUUUUUCCAACCUGGCGUUUGCUUUGGAAGUGGGAAAGGGUGGAGCCCGGAGCAUCCAGAUGGCUGUGCAAGCGGCCAUCAUCAGACACCUGUUGUUUCCCACAGAGGGAAAGGAGGGUCCCUGUCACAGUUUAUGUGACCUGAGCAAGCAGAAACAGAAGCAAGCCCUGGCUGCAGCCCUGGCUGGCAUCCUGUGGGCUGCAGGUGCAGCUCAGAAAGCCACCGUCUGUCUUGUCACCGAGGACACCUAUGUUGCCUCCACUCUUGACCGCCUGGGGGAUGAUUUCACUGAGCGGCUCCAGCUGUUUGAAUUUUCAGAGAAAGAAGCCACUGAGAAAUUCAUCUAUGAUCAUGUACAAUGGUUCCAAGGAGAAGGAAGCCCCGGUGUCAUCCUGUUUCUCUACAGCCUCAUCUUUUCUAGGACAUUCGAAAGGCUGCAGAACGACCUGGACAUCACCACGACGCAUCUGUUACAACCGAACGCUGGCGGCUUCCUGUGCAGGCAGGCGGUUCUGAACCUGAUUUUAACCGGGAGAGCGAGUCCCAAUGUCUUCAAUGGCUGUGAGGAAGGGAAGUCCCGGGAAGUGCUCAAGGGAGUCCUGGCCCGCAGUGACGUCGGCUACCUGCAGUGGGGUACGGGUGCCUCUGAGGAUGACAGACUCUCCCAGGUGGGCAGUAUGCUGAAGACUCCCAAAUUACCUAUUUGGCUGUGCAACAUCAAUGGAAAUUACAGCGUCCUUUUUUGCACAAACAAGCAGCUCCUAUCAGACUGGAAAAUGGAGCGUCUCUUUGAUCUAUACUUUUACAAUGGCCAGCCCUCCCAGAACAAGCCCGUGCAUCUUACAAUAGACACUCACUCCCAUCCCUGGGAAGGCGGCCAACGUGAAGAUCAACACAGAACAGGAAGACGGUUUUCUCCAGUGGAGAUGGUGAUCAGAACCAAAUGGAGAGAGGCCACCGUCCACUGGAACGGGGCUGCUCCUUUUAUCUAA